AUGAUCCUUUCCAAAGUCAACGGUGAGAGUGGACACGAAAUAGAUGAUGAAAUAGCCGAUCUUGAGCAACCCCUCUCCUCACCCCUCACCUCACCAACACACUUCCUCCUCCUCCUCUCCGACUCGGCCCUCCCCCUCGGCAGCUUCGCCUUCUCCUCUGGGCUGGAAAGCUACCUCGCCCAUCAAAAAGUCGUCUUCGGCCAGCCGUCCUCCUUCGCCUCCUUCCUGCCCCUCUCCAUCUCCUCCUACGCAUCCACCACCCUCCCCUUCGUCCUCGCCGCCCACCGCGACCCCUCCCUCGCCAACCUCACCGCCCUCGACGACGCCCUCGACGCCGCCAUCGUGUGCACCGUCGGCAGGCGCGCUUCCGUCGCUCAAGGCCGCGCCCUGCUCUCCAUCUGGGAACGCUCCUUUGCCGGCGCCCUCGCCGAACGAGGAACAGCAGGAGGAGGUGCAGAUGUGAACGAGGCGCUGCGGGGCUUCUCCGCCCUCCUGCGCGGCUGCUCAAACUCCUCCUCCUCCUCUACCACCACCACCACCACCACUCCCACAUCCACUCCCGCCCUCACCAACGGCGACAGCACACCCACCACCACCACCACCCCUCCCUCUCCAAACGACGACCCCCCCCUCCCCCCGCCCGUCGCCGCGCACCUCGGCCCACUCUUCGGCGCGCUCUGCGCGCUCGCAGGCCUGGGCCUCGAGCAGACAGCAUACGUAUUCAUGGUGAGCCACGUGAAAGCCUUGGUAUCAGCGGCGGUGCGGGCGGGCAUGUUCGGGCCGUACCAGGCGCAAAAGACGCUGGCGAGCGCGGGCGUGCAGGGCCUGGUGGCGGCGGUGGUGCAGCGCGAGUGGGGGACGCCCGUGGAGGAGGCCGGGCAGAGCGUGCCGGUGAUGGAUUUGUGGGUGGCUACAGAGUACAAACGUCCGUCAUCUCCUAGCCCCUAA